AUGACACAGCUAUUCAGCUCCUCCGGCUCGCCCGCCGUUGGGUCAGAAAAGCGCCAAUUCCCCGGCCUCUCCCUCCCUAGCAGGAAACACUCGGGCGAUUCAUCUCACUUCCCAACACGAUUGAAAAACUUCUUCCGCAUCAACAGCUCCUCGUCGAAUAACAAUUCCUCGAACCCCAGCAACUCUCAUACCUCCAACCCCGCCACGAAGCCAGAGGGUAAAUCUACGUUCCGACAAUCUCGAUUCCUCCCUACGAUUGGUCGCAAUCGAUCGACCACAGUUGCUAGUGAAGGCAACCCGCUUGACGAUGGAGCCUCGCCGAUCGCGGAUGCGAACCCGUACUUCCACCACCAGGGCUACCCCGCGUUAAGACAUCGGAAUGACGAUAGCGUUUCCUCAUCGUCCCCGGAUACUCCGGAGUUACAGGUUGAUGGUGUGCCGGCUUCGGACCAGGCGACUGCGGCAGGAAAAGAAGAGUUGGCUCGGAAGUUGAGAAGAGUGGCGUCAGCACCCAAUGCGCAGGGGUUGUUCACCGGCGAUGGUGCGCACGACCGGCCCAAGACAGCAGAGCUGGGGAAGGAGCCGUUGCUUGCGUCUGGAGGUCCUUCGCCGAAGUUGAGUUUUGUCGACAAGUCCGAUCCUAAUGUAACUUCUGUGACGGACGUGGACCGGGCUUCGGCUCUCUCUGUGCCCCGAAGUUUUGUCAACUACAGGCGGACGUAUAGCUCGAAUUCGAUUAAAGUGCGCAACGUGGAAGUUGGCCCCGGAAGCUUUGAUAAGAUUAAACUGAUUGGAAAGGGAGACGUCGGUAAGGUGUACCUGGUUCGUGAGAAGAAAUCCAACAGGCUAUACGCCAUGAAAGUCCUGAGCAAGAAAGAGAUGAUAAAGCGGAAUAAGAUCAAGCGAGCCUUGGCGGAACAAGAGAUUCUUGCGACAAGCAACCAUCCAUUUAUCGUUACGCUGUACCACUCGUUCCAGUCCGAAGAGCAUCUUUAUCUCUGUAUGGAGUAUUGCAGUGGUGGCGAAUUCUUCAGGGCUCUCCAAACAAGGCCGGGGAAAUGUAUUCCGGAGGACGAUGCUCGUUUUUAUGCCGCCGAAGUGACAGCUGCACUGGAAUAUCUUCAUUUGAUGGGUUUCAUAUACCGGGAUCUCAAGCCAGAGAAUAUCCUUCUACAUCAAUCAGGACAUAUCAUGUUGUCUGAUUUCGAUCUCUCCAAGCAAUCGGGCCCUGGUGGCGCCCCGACUAUGAUUGUUGGUCGCAACGGAACUUCCUCGUCGUCGCUACCUACGAUUGAUACCAAGUCGUGUAUUGCCAAUUUUAGAACAAACUCCUUUGUCGGAACAGAAGAAUACAUCGCCCCUGAGGUAAUCAAAGGCGAUGGCCACACCAGUGCUGUUGAUUGGUGGACGUUGGGUAUUUUGAUAUAUGAGAUGUUGUACGGCACCACGCCGUUCAAGGGUAAGAAUAGAAACGCCACGUUUGCCAAUAUUCUGAGAGACGAAGUGCCGUUUCCUGACCCUGCCGGAUCUCAGCAAAUCUCCAACCUCUGCAAAUCUCUCAUCCGGAAGCUUCUGAUCAAGGACGAAAUAAAGAGACUCGGCGCCCGCGCCGGUGCAUCUGAUGUCAAGACACAUCCUUUCUUCCGCUCGACACAAUGGGCGCUUAUCCGACACAUGAAGCCGCCCAUGGUCCCACACCAAGGCCGCGCAAUUGAUACUGUCAAUUUCCGUAACAUGAAGGAAAGUGCUAGCGUUGAUAUUGGCGGCGUCAACCAUCUCAAAGGUGUACCGAUGGAUUCUGGCCUCGCGACACCCGGAGAACAACUACCCGACCCCUUUGAGGAUUUCAACAGCAUUACGCUCCACCAUGACGGCGACUAUCAAGGUGAGUUGGCCGAUGAUAGCUUACGUGGAUAUAGAAAAUGA